AUGCGCGGGUUUCGUACUUGUUGCUCGGCGCUGCCCAGCGAGUCGGAUGCGAAGAGAUCGAUUCGCGCGUCCGCACGCGAACCUCCUCGGGGCUCGGGCGCCGCGCCCGCGCACCGGUCACGCCAGGUUGCAGCACUGCGGCGCACCCGACCCUCGACCUUUGACCGGCGGCGGACGCGCGGCGCCCGCCUGCUGGAUGGCCCGUGCACUGCUCGAGCAGCGUUUAUGGGGGCUGUGAAUUUGGGGAAUUAUGAUUGUUAUCCGAUUGUAGGGAAAAGUAGAGCUACAAUUAGAUUAGUUUAUGGUAUUACUGCAAAUGUGCCGUUUCUUCUGCCGCAGGAGCUGCAGGUGAUCCACUACGGGCUGCAGGGGCUGGAGGCGCUGGCCUGCUACCGGGACUCGCUGCUGCGCGCGCUCUGCCGCACCGUGCGCUACGAGCGCCACGACGCCAACGACGUCCUCUACUAUGUGUUAUAA